UAAGUCGAACGUUGUGCGAGUGUGUGUGUGCGUGCGUGUUUUGUUUAUGUGUGUGAAUAUGUAAACAAAAGUGCUUGGGCUAAAGUUUAAGCAAAUCAGUUUCCCAUAUUAGUUAAGUGUUGAAAGUGUGUGUCCACAAUUAAGUUAAGCUAACUGCAAUACCAAAUGAGCACAGCGGAUCUGGAUCUGGAGUCCUGCGCGCUACUGACCGGCGAUACCGUCGAAACUGCCGCCAACGACUCCACAGCCACCGCCUGCUCCAGCAACGCCCCCGCCACUGUCAGGACACGCACUAAGCAGCGCAUCAGCUUAAAUUCGAAACGUCGACGCAGCCGCAUGUCCCGACGCGCAAAUCUCAUUGGCAUCUGUGGCGUUAGCAGUUUGUGCAUACUGCUGCUGAUUGCCACCACACAGCACCGCCCGCUGACCUCACCCUUCAGCACUGGCAGCAGCAGCGGCGGCGCCAGCAGCAGCAGCAGCAGCAGCGCUGCUCUCGCCUCGAAUCUGCUGCCACGGAAUGGCCUCGGUGGCGGCUACUACGAGCGCCAGCAGCAGCCGUCACAAACUGCCGCCACAAUUUACAAUAUGACAGCGACCAUAGUGGAUGUCCUGGCGGCGCAGCGUGCGCGCAUUCUCAAUGAGAUGGAGAACUUUGAGUAUCCGCGCGGCGGCGCCGAGAAGCUAAACGAUAUGACGCCCGAGACCCAGGGCACGCCCGUGCGCAGCAUUGUCGUGACCAGUUGGCGUUCGGGCUCCACAUUCUUGGGUGAUAUACUGAAUGCCAUGCCCGGCAAUUAUUAUCACUAUGAGCCGCUGUUGGAUUUUGGCAUUAAGCAGGUGCGUGAUCCCGAGGAUCAACAGUUGGCCGUGCAAAAUCUAAAAAAUCUGCUCAAUUGUGAUUAUGGCGAUAUGUCCGACUAUCUGGAAUACGGCAAGACGCACACCUAUCUAUUUGAGCACAAUCAGCGUCUGUGGGAAGUCUGUCGCGAAUAUCCGCGUUUCUGUUGGCGUCCCGCCUUUUUGACGCCCUUCUGCCGCCUGUUCCCCAUACAGAGCAUGAAGACGGUGCGACUGCGUCUAGCUCAGGCCGAACAGCUGCUGCAGGAUCAAAGUCUAUCCAAUGUGCGUAUUGUGCUGCUGGUGCGGGAUCCGCGGGGCACCAUGCAAUCGCGUCGCCAUCGCAUCUGGUGCGGCGGCAAUGAGGAUUGCGAGGAUCCAGCUCUGGUCUGUCAGGAUCUGGUGGAUGACUACAAGACGGCCGAUAAGCUGCUCAAGGUGUAUCCGGGUCGUUUCAGAACCUUGCGUUAUGAGGAUCUGUCGCUGAAUCCCUAUGAUGUGACCCAGGACAUUUUACAGUUCUACGGCUUGCCCUUUGAUCCCGCCGUCGAGGAGUUUUUGGAUACGCACACCAAGGAGAACAAAGGCGGCGUUAGUUCCACAUAUCGCGAUUCCAGAUCGGCGCCCUUUCACUGGAAGCAGGAUCUACGGGCAGAUGAGAUCAAACAAAUUCAGGAUGUGUGCGUAGAGGCCAUGGAUCUGUGGGGAUACCGUCGCAUGGCGAACUUUAGUAAUUUUUCCAUGCUGCAACAGAGCUUCGAUCCGAUUGUGCUGCCGCCGCCGUUUACGUGAAUCGAUUGUGGCUAUCGAUAACCGAUAACGAUAACUAAUUCUUCUACUUGGUACAUUUUGUUGUGAUAUCGUCGUGUUGAGCGAGCAAAAAAAAAAAUAGAAAACAAACAAAUUAUAUAGAGAAAAAAUGAAGCAUUAACUAUGUUAACUGAAAAGCAAGAGUCGAUUUAUAUAGCUGGCACAUUAUGUUGAUUUAAUUUUUUUGUUGUUGCUUAACACGCAAAACACACUUACUGAGCAAUAGUUAAUGAUAUACCACAUACGAUAUACUAUAUACACAUAUAUACAAUACAUAUACGUUUACGAUAAAUGCAUAAUUUUAGUAAUUGGCGAAUUUUGUGUAGAUCGAAUAUCACAUUUAUAUACAUAUAUAUACAUAUAUAUAUAAAUUUAGGCUUAGCACUUAAGCAAAAAAAAUAACUGAUAAUUUAGAACUUAGUCUAAAUAAUACAUAAAACACGGGCUGGCAUUGAACAAAAUUAAAAAUCCCUAUGUAAAUUGUUUAGGCAAACAACUUUUGUAAUUUUCUGCUUAUGGAAACCAUAAAAAUCAAAUGCAAUAAAAAUAAAAUUAAAAAAAAAACGCAUAGAAAAAAUCCAGUGAUU